CAUUAAAAAUUAUGUAAUUGAUUGUCUAAAAAUACCUUAACAAGUGUAGAUAAGAUUGGGAGGGGUCAUUUGGUCAAUAAGCAAUAAUAUUUAAGUUCAACUUCAUUUACAAAAAGCCACUGAAGUUUAGUAAACAAUCAAUUUGUGAACACACAUUGAGUGCGUCGACCUUGUUGUUUGAUUAAUAAUUGUGACAUAAUUUUAGAGCGCGAAACGCUUUCAUUUAUCUUAUCAUGUGAUUUAGAUUGAUGUGUUAAUCUGAUUAAAUGGCUUAUGGUGGGGGUUUUUAGAUCGGCGGUCUAUGCUAGUAUAUUCAUAGAGAGAGUAAGUUUAUAAAGUUAUUUUCUUUACCCACGACCACUACUGUAAGUAGUAUAAAACACACUACCUACCAUUUAAUCUUUGGCGAGUACCAAGCAGUUGUGUCCAUUCGGCAUUGCGGCUUUUAAGAUUUAAAAAUGGCUUCAAUCCAACCGAUGAAUGGUGAUGGCAUUUUCAGGGGCCCUGCCAGUAAAAGCCCGAAAAUAAUGAAAACAAUUGGACAGUUGUUUAUGGAAUUGUGCGACAAACAUCCAGAGAAGAUUUUCCAGAUCGAAGCCGACACUGGGGAAAAAGAAAGCUACGCACAUGCCAAACAACGGGCCGUGCGACUGGCUUGCGCCCUUAAAAAAGACAAUUUGGUGCAACCUGGAGACACCACAAUGGUUUGUUCGGAGAACACCAUUCACAACAUAAUCCCCAUAUUGGCCACCACUUUCCUGGGAGGAAGUGCUGCAUCGAUAGAUCCGAUGGAAAGCGUCGACGAAAUGGCAGGCGCUCUAGCGUAUAGCGAACCGAAAGUUAUUUUCACUGAAAAAAAGUCUGCUGGAAUGCUAAAAGAAGCUCACAAGCAACUGGAGGCGAAGAACAACCAAAGGUAUCAAGUGACGUUUUUUGUCAUUGGGGCUGAUGAGAAGAUUGAUGGGGAUGUUCAGCGAAUAGAGGACUUUGCACUGCCUUGCCCAGAAGAAAAAAGUUUCCAACUUCAACCCCAGGAUUCGUUCGAUACUGCCAUUUACGUGUUCACCAGCGGAACUACCAGCCUUCCAAAGCCAGUGGCUUUGUCCCAUUAUGGAGUUCUUCACGGCUUCAAAUGCCUGGUAGAUGAAAUGGACAACGUGAACCCGGAAGUAAUAACCCAUUUCGCAUCUCUUUACUGGAUCUCAGCGAUUCUCCUCACUGGAGUGACGCUGUCCCAUGGAGGCACCAAAGUGAUCGCUCCUAAAAUACCUGUCUUAAAUCUUCUGGAAAUUAUAGAGAAAUACCAGAUCACAUUCGCGUUUAUGUCCAACACUUACACCUACGACAUCACGAAUCUCCCAGCAGAAACAAUCGCCCAGCAUGAUACCUCCUCACUUUACUCUAUAGUGAUUGGGGGUUCCCCAAUGGAUGCCUGCCAAUUGAGGAAAAUGAGAGCAACUCUGCCUCACACUAAAGUAACGGUUGGUUACGGUUCCAGCGAAUGUGCUGCUGUCUCGGCUUUUGACUUGCAAGACUUCAGGGCUUACGAGGAAAAAAUUCUCUCAUCAGGUAAACUGGUGGCCGACGUUGAAGUCAAGAUUGUUGAUUUGGAAACGCGCUGCUUGUUGCCGGCCAACGAAGUUGGCGAAAUAUUAGUCAGAAGCCCCUACAUGAUGAAAGGCUACCAUGAAAAGUGCAUCGUCUUCCCCAAAUCCCCCUUGGAUGAAACCGGAUUCUUAAAAACAGGCGACUUGGGAUUUUUUGACAGCGACAACUACCUCUUUGUUACGGAUCGAAUCAACGACACGUUUAAAUACAAAACGUAUCAGGUGAGCCCCCUGAGCAUAGAAAGAGUUCUGCUUGAGCAUGCGGCAGUGAAAAGCGCAGUUGCUUUCAAUGUGUUCCAUGAACAAGACAGAAACCAUGCAGCAGCGAUUGUAACACUUAAGCCAGGCUUUGAGGGUAGUGCGGAAGAGAUUAAAGCCUUUGCCAACGCCAGGUUGUCCGAAAAGCAUAAAAUUAGGGCCAAAGUUUGGAUACGGGAGCAGAUUCCUUAUAAAACCAGAACAGGAAAAGUGCAACGGGCGCACAUAAGGGAGGAGUUUUCCAAAAAAAUGCAGGAAGAGUGUACGCAGAGUUGAAGCUUGGAAAACCUAAUGUGAAUUUGUAGAACAUUCUUAGGAGCAUGCAGAAAAUAAAUCGAUCUUCCUUGUGUCAAUUGAAGCUGCUUGUGGGCAACGUACGUGGUUGUUGCAAAACAUGUGUUUUUUACUUUAUGGAGUUUUUACCAAAUAAAAUAGUGCAAAUUGA